AUGAGUUGGCGUGCACAGAUUUCCCGAAGCAUCCAGGAGCUACGCUUUGUUGCAUGUGAUACCUCACAAAGCAGUGCGGGCUUACGGACCUUCUUCCACAAGAAUUACAAUGAGCUCAAGAUGUUAAACCCACUUACACCUUUUGUAUAUCGUGAGGCAGAAGAGAUGGAGCCAUUUGUGUACGCACGCUUUGACUGGGGUGUGGAGAAGAAAGUUCCAGUACCUGGUAAGAGUGACAAGGAGAUUCUUGACGUGCUCAAGGGUCUUGUAGAUCAUGGUCUGACACUGCCGAAAUCACCCGAGAGUGAUAUUUUCGUUGCAGCUCCUAUCAUUGAAGCUGACAAGGGUGAAGAUGCUUACGAGCCUAUUAAUCUCACGUGGGACGGCAAGACGAUACGCCGUAAUCCGGACUUUGAUAUUCCGCUGGAAGAAGCACUGAAGCCUUGA